CGUAGGUACUCCGAAGUGCGAAGUGUCAAGAUGUCGAGAUGUGUGCGACGUUGAUGGAGGCGCGAGGAAACGCCAACGAGAACAUCUCCUUCGACGAUGCAGCGACGACCAAGACGGUAGUAGAACAACUCGUGGAUCAUUGUAUCGAUUCAGAUAGAAUAUAAUUGCGACGCAAUGGAGCUUGAUCUCUGACAAUCUGGAAGAAUGCUGUGAAAAAUCUUAUGCGAUUUCUUGCCAUUUAACGAUAAUAAAGCCGAUAUCUCCGAAUUAUCUGUCUGUCAUUGCAGUGCGAACAAUUACUGAUAAGUCCAUCAGGUAUGAUUGGAACGAAUUGACAUCGAUGAUCAUUUCCUCGACACAUACGUAAAUCGAUACAUAUAGUCAAAGAAUGACAGAGUAUCUACGGCGAUCAUGAUAUGUGUAGCUGGUCGCAGGUGGUCACGGAGAAUACACUGAGUGUACACGUGUCUGUUGACAGAGUGUGUCUCUUGAUAGAUAAUCGACUUGUGAUAUCUACGUCUUGCACAAAAUCUAGAUUACGAGUAAAUUGUAAAUAUGUGCCACAUCUAUAGAGUUUUCUAUGAUUAUUCGGUGUGACUAAUUCUAACAGCUUAACAAUUAACAACAAAGUCUCCUAUAAUAAAAUGUACGAGAAUAAUGGUACAAAUGAUAUGAGAGAGUUCAAUGCGACGGAUGUUACUGACUCUAUUUUGUACACUAUAUUGGUAAACGAUCUCGAGACAGUCUCAACAAACAUGGCAAGUACAAUCUACAAUGAAAACACGUCCACGACAACAUAUGCAGAAUUGACGCAGGAAAAUGAGAGUAACCAACGAUUAUGGAAUCUAUCUAAAACUGCUGUAACUUCACUGUCUGGACCCACAGCAAUACCAUUUAAUAUUUCUAAAAGUACUGCAAUAUACACCUCAACAACUGAAUCUUUCGAUGAAUUUGGUCCACCGGAAGGAGUAGAAUAUAUUUUUGUGCCACUCGGUGUGGUCGUCUCUGUUAUUAUAUUAUCAGCUGUGGUAUGGGUAUUGAUUAUAUCGAGGAAGCGCAAGUUGGAGCGUUUAAGACAUAGACUUAUGCCAAUGUACAACUUUGAUCCUGGAGAAGAGGAAGAGGAUGACUGGGAGACUGAACUGUUGGACGAAUGCUACAGUACACAUCAGAGACGAGUGUAUCGUAUCGUCUCCAAUAAGAUAAACUAGAAAGUGAAAAAAUUCCGAAUCAUCUGUGUAUACAUCUACGUAUAUUAUGUGUGCAAUUAAUGUAAAAAAAUAGUAGUUUAUUUAAUUUCUAUCAAGAUACUAAAGAGAUGUGAUUUUAUUCGCGAAUAAUUGUUCUUGCAAAAUUAGUGCCGUAUAUCGUAUAUAUAUAGAAAAAAAAAAAGAAAAUAAA